CCGGCCCCCGCAUUCUCAAAAUCAUAUUUUCAGAUAAUACAUAAAAGAUAAAGAAGAAGAAAAAGAUGGCAGUCUCAUCCAGCUCGUCCAAGUCGAUCAUGAAGGUGGCAGUGAUGGUAAUGCUCGUUGUGAUGGCAGCGACGGUGGUCGAUGGACAGAGCUGCAAUGCACAGCUUAGUGGACUGAACGUGUGUGGUGAGUUUGUGGUUCCUGGAGCUGACAGGACCAACCCGAGUGCAGAGUGUUGCAAUGCUCUUGAGGCAGUGCCUAACGAAUGCCUUUGUAACACGUUCCGCAUUGCUUCUAGGCUUCCCUCUCGCUGCAACAUCCCUACACUUUCCUGCAGUUGAUAUGGAUCUUCCCAUUAUCCCAUAUCAAUUCAAAACGUUAUAUGAGAAGCAUGGAAAGAGAUCACGGAGAUACAUCUAAGAAUAAAGAACUCGGAGUUUUUGAGUUGUUGUUAUUCUUUUUUUUUUCUUUUUUUUUUGGCUUUUGUUGGUCGCUGUAAAACCAAUGGGUUUGGAAUAAAAAAUGAAUAAUAUUGAAGUGAAAUUAUAAUUUUUUUGAA